AUGUCAUACUUUGUGAGCCCGGAGUUCCUGCGAGUCCUGCUCCUCGGCCUCAUCACCUCGGUGCACAUGACAUGGCGAAGGCUGAUCAAUCAGAUCGUCCCGGAACCCUACCUCGACGAAUACUUCCAUAUUCCUCAGGCUCAGGCGUACUGGCUAGGGAAGUGGUCACAGUGGGAUCCCAAAAUCACCACUCCGCCGGGCGUCUACGUCUUUUCCUACGCCAUCAAUGCCGUGCGGAAUGCCUUCUCCCAAAAAGGCGUGAGCGCUUCGGUCAACGAGUGGAGAUUGACAAACGUGCUGUUACUGUAUCUGUUCCUUGUCGCAUUAUACGUUCUGGCGGCCGUCGGGAGGAGGGCCGUGCAUCAUGAAAGCGUUCUUCAGCGGGAGUUCAGCAUCAUCUGCUUCCCAUUGAUUUUCUUCUUCUCUGGCAUCUAUUACACCGAUCUGUUCAGCGUGUUCACCGUGGUCCUCUGUGAGGUAUUCUGGGCUGCAGGGUCCAAUGCGCAGGGGUCUCUCAAGGUCCUCUACCAGACGUUGCAUCUCCUGGCUGGGUUGGUGUCCUUGGCCGCCCGGCAGACGAACAUCUUUUGGGUCGCGGUGUAUCUGGGGGGGCUUCAGGCCAUCGAAAGCGUUAAACAGAGAGUGGGCGCGCGUGAGGUCCAUGAUCCUCCCGUGUCUGAAUCAUACUUUGAAGAUUUUCCCAUCACAAGCAUUUCUCUCGCCCAAUCUACCGUCCCCAUGAUACCCCAGCUUCUUGUCGACUUGUGGCCACAGUUGUCGCUCCUCGGCGCGUUCGCCGCAUUCGUCGUCUGGAACGGUGGUGUAGUCCUCGGAGACCGAGACAACCACAUCGCAACCAUCCACCUUGCCCAGAUGCUCUAUAUUUGGCCGGCCAUCGUCUUCUUCUCGUGGCCCGUCCUGCUCCCGCUUUUCUCCGACCUCUGCGGUCUCCGUCAACGACUCCCUAGAGUGACCACGACAGUGAGCUUCCUCGCUCUCAUGCUCGUUAUCGUCAAUUUCAAUACCAUCGUACACCCCUUCACCCUCGCCGACAACCGACACUAUACAUUCUACGUCUUCGCCAUCCUCAGGAAACACUGGCUCGUCAGAUACGCGGCCGUCCCGGUCUACUAUCUCUGCGCUUGCAUGGUUCUGGGGAGGCUCGGCGGUGUGACGGACGCGGUAUCGUCGUCGUCGUCUACAAAGCCCUCGCGGAUCCUGUACGGCGACGACGUCGUGCGCGUCAGCUUCAUCCUCGUCUGGCUCGUCGCGACGUCCUUGUCGCUCAUCGCCGCCCCGCUCGUCGAACCUCGAUACUUUCUGGUCCCGUGGUUGACGUGGCGCCUGGCCGUGCCGGAAUACAUUGCGCCGUCGGCCGAGAAGUGCACGAGGUCGGAGCUGGAGACACAGGUUUCUACGCCGAAGGACAAGGCGCGCCUCCCAGUGUCGGCACUGCAGGCGCUGCUGAGGACGGCGGCCGCGCAGUCGGCCUGGCUGGAACUGGCGUGGUAUCUCGCCGUCAACGCCGUCACGUGCUACAUGUUCCUGUACAGAGGGUUCGAAUGGUCCCAGGAGCCGGGCAACGUCCAGAGGUUCAUGUGGUAG